AUGGAGAACGCUAAUUUAUGGACUCGAAGAUCUAAUAAAGACGGUGCUGGUAAAUCGGACUCGUCUCGUGGUCGUUCGUCUGGCCGGUUUGACGGCCCGCACAAUCGCUCUAAUCCCUUCAACGCCAUAUCGCCCCUCUCAACGGGCGUCUCGUCUCCCUCCGUGGCUGCAUCGUCUGCAUUCGGACUGGGGUCGGGCGCCUUUGCUUCGUUCGGGUCGACUGCAAAGACGUCCAAGACGCCAAACUCGCUUGACUUCAUCGCCGGAAAGCAACAGAGUGACAAGCGAGAUAUACAGGCUGAUCAGGACGGCGGGCCCUGGAAAGCAGUCAAGUCCAAGGCUUCUUCGUCUUCCCUUGACAAAUCUACCGCCUCCGUCAAGGAUAACGGAGUAAGAGAACUCCCGCUCAAGUCCACGUGGAUUGUCUGGUACCGUCCCCCGACGCCCAAGUACUCCGAUUACGAGAAGUCCACCAUCCCCCUCGCGUCCAUAUCAUCCGUCGAGGGCUUCUGGACGGUUUAUUCACACCUCAAACGACCUUCUUUGCUACCGACUGUGUCGGAUUAUCACAUUUUCAAGAAAAAUAUACGUCCAGUGUGGGAGGAUGAGGCGAAUAAGAAGGGCGGCAAGUGGAUUAUCAGAUUGAAGAAGGGAGUGGCAGAUCGAUAUUGGGAAGAUCUACUCCUGGCUAUGGUCGGAGACCAGUUUGCCGAGGCAAGCGAGGAAGUCUGUGGUGCCGUCCUCAGCGUCCGCAGCGGGGAAGAUGUCUUGAGUAUAUGGACCAAGAUCGAUGGCGGACGUAAUAUUAAGAUCAGGGAAACUAUUAAACGUCUUCUGGCAUUCCCGCCGGAUACAAACAUUAUUUGGAAAAGUCACGAUGACAGCAUAGCCCAGAGAUCGGCUAUAGACCAGGCACGUCUGGAUAAAACCGGCGGAAACACCAGUCAUCACCACCACCAUCACCAUAACCAGGGAGCUGACCGCCGCCGUAACACCAACCAGGAGGAUUCUACAGGUGAAAGGGUGAAGAGCGUUACCAACUCUUAA